UCUCUUCAGCAGCUCAAGUUAGCACUCUCCACUUCCCAUCACAAACUCAAAGAAGAGCACACCAGCUCACGUUAGCAAAACUACUCUUCUCCUCCUCCUCUCCUUCAUCAACAUCCUCCUUCCUCCUCCUCACCCCACUGUGUAGGCACCACCCAAAGAGUCUCAAAGAAGAAGAAGAAGAGAAAAAUCAAAAUCAAAAUCAAAACCACCAUGUCUGACGGCGGCACGAGUAACAAUAACGGCGCUCUAACGGACCCACAGAGACAACCACAGAACGGAAGUGGGGCUUUGGCGGUGAAGAAGCCACCGGCAAAAGAUCGACACAGCAAAGUAGACGGAAGAGGGAGGAGAAUUCGUAUGCCGAUUAUUUGCGCUGCAAGAGUGUUUCAGUUAACUCGUGAAUUAGGUCAUAAAUCUGAUGGUCAAACGAUUGAAUGGUUAUUAAGAGCUGCUGAACCGUCAAUUAUUGCUGCUACUGGUACUGGUACUACUCCCGCCAAUUUCUCUUCUAUUUCUGUAUCUUCGGCGAGAGGUGGUGGAGGAGGAUCACUGUCGUGUUCUACUACUUCAAGUUCGAUUGAUCAGAAACCGGCGGGUCAGAUUAUGAGUCCUGCUCCGUUUCUGUUAGGUAAACGUUUGAGAACUGACGGUUCUGAUGAUGCUGAUGGGGGUGGCGGUGAUGGGAAUUCUGGGGUGGGUCCUGGUGGUGGUGGUGGUGGUGGAAUUGGGGGUGUGGGUGGUGGUGGUGGGUUUUGGGCUGUACCAGCAAGACCUGAUUUUGGUCAAGUAUGGAGUUUUUCUGGGGGACCAGAAAUGGUUUUGCCUAUGCCUAUGGCUGUCACACCUAUGCCAAUGUCAAUGGCCAUGGCUGGUUCAUCACAGCAGUUGAUUUCUGGUAGGUUUCUUCAACAAUCUAUUGGUGGGGGUGCUGGUGGGGGUGGUGGUGGUGGUGAAGGUGGUUCUGCUGCUUCUGGCGCUGGUAGAAUGGGGAAUUAUCUUACACAAGGGCAUUUGAAUUUACUUGCUUCAUUAUCUGGUAAUUCCCCUAAUUCUGUCAGAAGAGAAGAUGAACCUAAUUGAUUGAUUCAUAGAUAAUGUUUCAUCCUUUUUUUUUUUGUAUUUUGGUCUUGUGGGUUUGCUUUUUGUGUGAAGAUUUUUUAGGGUUUAACAAAUUUUUUUGGAGUGAAGAAAUUUUAUCAAGGAUUGUGCAAAGUGUGAUCACUUCAUUUUGUCAUCACUAGUAUGUGGAAAUUAUUAGGGGUCUUGUUUAGUAUAGUUACAUAUUCAUAGACGAAGAGUGGAAUUAGGAUAGUUCUUUCGUCAUAUUUGGUUUCAUUUUGUGGCUCUAAUCUUUCAAGGGAAAGAUUGCAGCUUUGCUUCUAUUUACUACCACAGUGAUCAGUCAGGGAAUUGAGCAAUGGGUCUUGUGCAAUUUGAAUGCAUUGUUGAUAAGAAGGUUUGGCGAAGAAACAUGAAAGUUCGGUCUAGUGGGUUCGUUCUACUCGGUUUGCGUUAUCAAGGGAGUUUGAAUUGAUUGGGGCUUGUGCAAUUUGAAUGGGUUUCUUAUUGAAGUGAUUUGGUGAUGCUGAAACUUGGAAUUUUAGGGUCCUAUUUGGCUACGGAUUACUACGGCCACAGUUUAUUCGAUUGCUAAGUAGAUGUUCUGGUUGGAGCCGAUGGGUCAUCAUAUGGGGACUUGAUGAGCUCUUUUGCCUCCUGGUAAGGAUAAGCUUUGAUAUAAAUGAUAGUCGUACCCAGGUUGUUAUUGAUUGUCUAUAAGCUGGUUGUGAGGUUUGCAAAGGCAAUUGCAUGUGCAUUUUGUGGAAGACAAGCCCGAGUAGUAUCAUCUUGUGGUAUUGAAGUUUCUCUUAGGUAUGGUAUAUGAAAUUAGGUUACAAGAGGGUGUUAUUUCUGCUAGUCAGAAAAAGAACUGCGUAUUUUGGCUUGGAUUGUGCUCGACUUGCCUCAUCCCUAUCUGUGGUUGUUGGUGUGGAGAAGCUAUUGGAGAAAGUUAAAGAGGAGAAUUUCCUCGAGCUAUCACCUGUAAGAUCAUUAAUUUUUUGUUAGCCCAUUUUCUAUGGACUUUUAGCAUGCAAAAUAAUGGGUGUCUGUUUGUGUGAGUUAUGGAUUGCUUGAGCUGUCUGAAGAGUGAAUAAAAAGUAAAUCACUUUCUCUCUUCGGCUUUGGGGUUUAACAAUCCUUCUUCUGUCUGUGUGUGCCCUUUGUUUCCUUUUCCUACUCUGAUGUAUAUAACAUUGAAUUUCAUUAAUGCAUUGCUUAGAUUUGUCCUCUGUGA